GCAGCGGGCGGGACAGAACUAGUAUCAAUGCUCGGUUGUGAACCUGUUGGUUCUAUACGGACUGGAGAACACUGCGGGCUGUUGAAGCUGGUCUUAGCUGUUUUGAGCAGAAAGCAGUCAAUUUUCUACCCAUUUUUGCAAACGAAAGACAAUGGAGACAGAAAUUGAACAACAGGAAGAGGAGACCAGCUUUAGCAACACCGAGACAAACGGCAAGCGUCCCGCAGAAGAUAUGGAAGAAGGGCAAGCAUUUAAGAGAUCCCGAAAUACAGAUGAAAUGGUGGAAUUGCGUGUAUUGCUGCAGAGCAAAAAUGCUGGAGCUGUAAUCGGUAAAGGUGGCAAAAAUAUUAAGGCACUUCGCACAGAUUACAAUGCCAGUGUAUCAGUCCCAGACAGCAGUGGCCCCGAGCGUAUUCUGAGUAUCAGUGCAGACAUUGACACGAUUGGAGCGAUUUUGUUAAAGAUAAUCCCUACUCUAGAAGAGUACCAGCAUUUCAAAGGCAUUGAUUUUGACUGUGAGCUGAGGUUGCUUAUUCAUCAGAGCCUGGCAGGCGGCAUAAUUGGGGUGAGAGGAGCGAAAAUAAAGGAACUUCGAGAGAAUACACAAACCACUAUCAAGCUCUUCCAGGAAUGCUGCCCUCAUUCCACUGACCGUGUUGUUCUUGUUGGUGGAAAGCCAGAACGGGUAGUGGAGUGUAUCAAGAUCAUACUGGACCUUAUAUCGGAGUCUCCUAUAAAAGGACGUGCUCAGCCAUAUGAUCCAAAUUUCUAUGAUGAAACCUAUGAUUAUGGUGGAUUCACAAUGAUGUAUGAUGAUCGUGGAAGGCGCCCUAUGGGGUUCCCCAUGCGUGGUAGAGGGGGCUUUGACCGUAUGCCGCCAGGCAGAGCAGGGCGUCCAAUGCCACCUUCUCGAAGAGAUUAUGAUGAUAUGAGCCCUCGCAGAGGACCACCUCCUCCUCCACCUGGACGAGGAGGUCGUGGAGGAAGUAGAGCUCGCAACCUUCCCCUGCCUCCACCACCACCUCCUAGAGGAGGAGGUGACCGGUUUUGCUACGAGACCUAUGGUGCCAAUUCGGACGACGAAGUUGAUGAAAGAAGAGGCAGGCCUGGAGAUCGCUAUGAUGGCAUGGGUGGAUCUGGAUAUGAUAAUAAUUCAUCCUGGGAGCCAUUUCAGUCAGAUCCAUUUACAGGUGGCCGUGGUUCAUAUGGUGAUUUAGGAGGUCCAGUCAUUACCACUCAAGUUACAAUUCCCAAAGAUCUGGCUGGAUCAAUAAUUGGGAAAGGAGGUCAAAGAAUUAAGCAAAUUCGACACGAGUCAGGUGCAUCAAUCAAAAUUGACGAACCUUUGGAAGGUUCAGAAGAUCGCAUUAUUACCAUCACAGGAACACAAGACCAGAUCCAAAAUGCACAGUAUCUGUUGCAAAACAGUGUGAAGCAGUACUCUGGUCGAUUCUUCUAAAGAAAGGUGUGAUUGAAGAAAACAGCUCAGCUCUUUUUGUUUAUGGUCCCUGCUUAUGUUCUGAGUCAACAUUCCUCUGCUUUUGGGUAGAUUGCUUUUUUUUUUUUUUUUUUUUCUCCCUCCCCUUUCUCCCCUUCCCCUAUGCAAUGUUCCAUUUUUAAUUCUUGGCGAACUCUAAAUGUUUGCAGUUUCGGAAUGGCAGAAGAUUAUGGAUUUUAUUUUUUCACUUUAAUUUUGAUGGUUUUGUGUACUGUGUGUGCUGUACUUUAUAGUGAUCAUCAAACCCAUUUUCUGUGUAUACAGUUUGGAGAAACUAUACUUGUAGUCUCACGGUUUCAGCCAUCCAUUCAGUUCAAUGUGCAGAAUGUAAUCUUUGUUUUGUAAGAAACAUUUUAUGAUUUUUAAAAUAAAUUUAGUAAACUAA